AUGCACAAUAUUAGCAAAAACAAUGAGAAGAAAGAUAAAAACACAAGCCGGCGGCCUGCUAUUGCACAAGCUGUAACAAUCACACCUGUUCAAGCAUUUACCGAACCGUCAGGAUCUGUCGCACAGAUAACAAUCACUACUGUUCCUAAUGAAUCUACAGAACGUCCACCUAGGAGAAAGCUGCUCGAUCUCUAUGGUAAAAUUAUUGAUGGUGAUCGACGACGCAAUAUAGUGAUUUUAACAAUUAUCAUUGUGGCUAUCUUUGGUACUAUUUGUAUUGCUUUUAUACAAGGUUGUUGUCUAGCUACUAUUACUAUUUAUCCAAAUGGACCUUGUCCUAGCUAUGGUCUGAUGGAUUGUUAUGGAGAUGCUGACAAUAAUUAUAACUAUUUUACUUGUAAACCAGGUGACGAAACCAAUUCUACACAAUUUAAUACUAGUGCAGCAUGUUUUCGUUGGAUUGCGCGUGAUAUUUCAAUUAAUGAUGCGGUGACACAACUCGGUGCAUGCGCUGGCCUUCUUCAUGCGCUUUGUGCUCUUGUACAAUUGGCCUUACGUUUUCUAAUAUAUUCUGGCUCGCGACGGUUACAGACGCCUGAAGAAGCAGAAGCUGAAGCAGCCGCCGCAACAGUAUCGGAUCGUGAACGUCAAACAACAGAUCCUGAAACGCCAAAAGAUAAGCAGAAAUCAAAAUACGUUUGGGAACAUCCGCGUCUAAUUAUCUGUGCUUGUACAUGUAUGUUCGGUAUUCCUUGUGCUGCAUUGAUCAUCGGAGUCGUUUUAGGCGCGUUUAAAAUCAGUACUACAGCUCUGACAUAUGCAAUUCUUAUUGCUAUUAGUCUCGUAUUUACUAUCACAAUAGCUUGGGUGGUACAAACAGAAGAAGAAGGAGAUAAUGAUCCACAACUUGCCCUGGACGUGCAACGUUUUAGAGAAAUUCAGGCACGAAAAGGAAAUCAAGAUGGUGAACAAGGACUAAGUCAAGUUACCGAAGGCUUUUCUGUAGAAGAUUUGAAGCCCGCAGUGAAUGCGCUCUUAAACAGGAAAUAA